CGACAACCUUGCUGCUCUGUGCGCCCUGACAUCCCCAAUAAUUCUAUAUCUUUACACUGGAGCUAGCGGAGGCUUAUACAUAGCUAUGACCAGCGUGAACACGAUGCUUAUUGAUCCACCUAUGCUCAAUUCAUCUUGCUUGUGGGCAUCGGACAUCGAACAGCUCCGCGAUCUGUACGCUUGUUCUCACACAGGCGCGGUCACCACUCGCACCGCGACGCUACAUGGGUUCAAGGAGAAUGAAUCCAAUGCUGUUGUCUUCACCGCGGACAGGCUCUCGACGCUGAACUCGUACGGUUACUCCCCAUACCCGCUCUCGCAAUACUUAGACUGGGUCCGUGAACUGUUGAACACGCCGGAGACACAUGCGAAGCCGAUCAUCCUGAGUAUCACCGCGUCCAAGGCGGAAGACCUCGCGCAGAUGGUCCGGGACAUCCAGAACUUGCGCGCAGACUUACGGAGCAAGUCCUCCGCCAUUUCUACUUACGACCUAGCGAACUACGUCGCCAUCGAGCUCAACACCUCCUGCCCGAACAUCCCCUCUGCGCCGCCGCCGUCCUACUACCUCCCCGCGCUCCGACCACACCUCGACGUGCUUGUAGCAGCCACGCGUGCGGAUCCGUCACUAACCAUCGGUCUGAAGCUCCCGCCCUAUCCCGACGUCACGCGCAUACGCGAUGUCGUCUACUGUCUCGCCGAGUACACCAUCGAUGAGCCUGACGCGGAGGGCGCGCGGAGCCCGUUCGCGUUCCUGACGUGUACGAACACGCUCGGCGGGAGCGUGGUCUUCGCAGGCGAGAUCGACCUAUCGUCCGCCCCGCCGUCUCUGGGCUCUGAUCCCGCGCCGACGGCGUUCGCGCUCCCGACUGCGCUGGGUGGGCUGGGUGGCGAGCGGUUGCAUGCACUCGCUCUCGGGACGGUGCUGGGGUUCUCGCGUGCGCUGGCGGCGCACCCGAGUCCGGCGGUACGCGCGAUCAAGGUUAUCGGAGUGGGCGGUGUGAAGGACCGUGCGUCGGCGGAUAGGAUGCGGGCGGCGGGAGCCUGCGCAGUGGCAUGCGCCACUGGGCUAGGGCGGGAGGGUGUGAAGGUGUUCGAGAAGAUCGCGCUGGGCGAGUGAAUGAUGAGUGAGGGCGAUGUGGCAAGUCGCUGUCGUGCCAGAUGAGUGUCGCGUUCGUUUGUACUGGCUCACUAUGCUGCGUGACUAACGCUGAGGGAAGUCGUGCCAAGAUAUAUUGUGCACCUACGUUCGAGUCCUGUAUAUUAGUCUCAAUAGAACUGCCGAUCAAGUCAAAUUUGGUAUUGUCAAAGUCAAAAUCUAUUGUUACAAGUUGUGUACGUAUCGAAGACGCAGAAAUCUAUACAAGAUGAGAGAUGAACAGAUAUGUACACCCGCGAACUGGAUCGCGGCUCACUGAGACCCUUAGCCACAGCGAGCAAUAAGCGCAACUGAUAGCAAUAUGAACUGAGAACGAAGAUAGAAGGAGAAACCCAGCAACCCGGAUCACCCCAU